UAUAUUGCUGCAAUUUGAGUACAGGAUUUUUUGUAAAGGGGAGUUGCUUAUUAGUUAUUUCUUAUCCUCUCUGAUUUGGACUUCAGUUUGUGGAGUUAGAUGUUGUAGAGUAUAGAUUAUAGGGUAGAUCAAACUUGUUAAAAAUGACACGCAGAAACGAAGAAUUCAAGAAGUCUUUCAUUCAUAAGAUUUUCUCAACCAAUGCAAGUAACGGAGGAAAAACAAUCAAAGAUAUUCUUGAUUCAUCAGAUAUUCACACUGAGUCAGUGUUUGAGAGGUCAAUUUGCAAAAGCCUAGGUCGUGCGAUGGCAGUUAGUCAAGAUGUGCAGUCUCUUCGAGUAUUUGCAGCAACAUGGAAUGUUGGAGGGAAAUCUCCUCAUAGUGGGCUCAAUCUUGAUAAUUUUCUUCAGAUCCAAGACCAAUCAGAUAUAUAUGUUCUGGGUUUCCAGGAAAUAGUCCCGCUAAAUGCUGGAAAUGUACUGGCUAUAGAGGAUAACGGGUCAGCAGCAAAAUGGCUCUCUCUAAUCUCCCAAUCACUGAAUAAAACCCCAGAUGAUCAUGCAAGUUAUAAUACACACAGCACUUUCAAGUCUAAGCCUUCAAAACAGGGAAGUAUAAAGCCUGUCACAGAAAAAGGCAGUUCACUGUUCUCUCAAAGAAUUUCACUUCGAACGGCCAGUAGAAUUUACAUGGCAGAGCGCAGGAGAAGGAUCAAGAGCUGCAACUGCAUUCCUGAAUCAGAGAGAAAGUAUAGCAAGGAGUCCUGUUUUAAAUGCCAACAAGCAAGUUUUGAUUAUAAUGAUUUCUCAUCAGAAGAGGAUGAGGGAUCAAGUGGUACCGUAACUCCGGAAUUAACUACUCCUGGCAGUACCAAUCAGAUGCGAUAUAGCCUCAUAAAAAGCAAGCAAAUGGUGGGAAUCUUUGUGACAAUCUGGGUAAAAAGGGAGCUUGUCCAACACAUAAGCCAUUUGAGAGCUUCCUGCAUUAGUCGUGGUAUUCUGGGAUACCUAGGAAACAAGGGGUGUAUCUCUGUAAGUAUGUCCAUCCUACAGACAAGCUUCUGUUUUGUUUGUAGUCAUUUGGCAUCAGGAGAGAAAGAAGGAGAUGAGCUUAGAAGAAACUCAGAUGUUAUAGAGAUAAUCAAGAAUACCCAAUUUCCAAAGAUCUGCAGAUUACCUAAUUCUAGUAUGCCUGAGAAAAUAUUAGAACACGACCGUGUAAUUUGGCUUGGGGAUCUAAAUUAUCGAAUAGCUUUGAGCUACUCAGACACCCGAAAACUUCUAGAGGGAAACGACUGGGAUGCUCUUCUUGGCAAGGACCAGCUUAAGAUUGAAAGAGAGGCUGGGAGAGUUUUUAAAGGAUGGAAAGAAGGAAAAAUAUAUUUUGCACCCACGUACAAGUAUUCCUAUGAUUCUGACACUUAUGCUGGAGAAACUAUAAAAUCAAAGGGCAAAAGGAGAACUCCUGCAUGGUGUGAUCGAAUACUGUGGCAUGGAAGCGGAAUAUAUCAAAAGUCUUAUACACGUUGGGAGUCGCGCUUUUCUGACCACCGGCCUGUCUGUGCAACAUUUUUAGUCAAUCUGAAAGCGGUUGAAGGUAAAGAGCAUGGCAGAAGAUAACAAGUCAUGAAGUUAUGCGACGAUAUGAUAGAGAGACAGGAAUUGAAGCGCGUAUAGGCCGCAAACUGUACAGAUAAGAGCACAUUAUCAUACAAAACAGAGUCUGUGCUGAUGAUGCUUGUAAAAAUUAUUUAAUUUCCAGGAAAUAUAUGUAUACAAAUGCUACCAGUACCAGCAAAAACUUCUUAGGGAAUGUUAGAAGCUUGAUAAUAUUCUUUGCAAGUUGAAAGAAGAUGCAAAAUUUUAACUUA